AUACCUCUUUUCCCUCCUCAUCCACGUUACUCAUCCCCCUUCCCUUCACGACACCUUGCUCAACAUCCCAACGCUCUUUCAUCCUACUAGUACCAUGCAAAUCACUGCCCUCGUCGCCCUGACUCUGUCUGCUAUCGCCAGCGUGAGCGCUGUGCCGCAGAAAACCACGAAGUCUGUGAAGGUCACGAAGCCGCACGCCGACGUCGUCUGGUCGCCAAAGUUCACGAGCCCUAAGGGGGGAGAGCUGUGGCCGAGCAAGAGCGUGCAGAAUAUCACGUGGGACGCGAGUGGCGCGCCUGCGAACAUCUCCAGCCGUGCGCUACUGAUGCUUCGCAAGGGCGAUGAGACUGCGCCGUUCGUGCUCGCGAAGGGCUUCGACAUCCGCUCCGGAUUCCUCAGCGUCACUGUGCCCUAUGUACUCGGUGACGAUGAUUACUCCUGGGUCUUGUUCGGUGACUCGGGCAACUUCAGCCCGUUUUUCGCCAUCUCGAGCGAUGCUCUGAAUUAGUGUGGCCUCGCGCCGACUCGAUGAUUUCUCGGACUUCUAUUCCACACCAUCUUUAUUCCUCACCAUCGUUUUGGACAACUUACCGAUAUAAUACGUCGCCUGUACCACGGACUCUCUUCUAUACCGAAAUCCCAUCAUGACGUACCUCCCGUAAUGCUGCGCGUGGCCGAGAUGAUCGUAAGGACCCCCAGUGUCGGUUAAGGGUCACAAUCGAGAAGCUGGGAGAGAUCCCGCAGAGAUUCUCUGAGCCAUUCCCGAGAAAACACCUGUUGCGACGAGACGGCUGGUCUUCGCCUCGGAAACCUAGAAUCGAGUUGGGGCCGACGGAAUCACACAUCGGGCAUCGAUCAAGCCACCCACCUCGCAUGUACAGUUCGUCACACCGCCGACCGAUGGCCGUGCUGUGCAGAUGAAGCGGAGAACGGAGCCUCUAAAAAGAUCCGGGUUUGAGCCGAGUUGUGGGUGUUUUGAUAGAAGCCACGGAACACACACAGGUAUGCAGGGUUGUGGAAAGACGUGUUGAGAUAUAAAGAGACGCCGGAGACGGCGUCAGGUCCGCGGGACGCGAAGUCGAUUGCAGUGACUGCGGACGAUGUAGCUCUGCAGGCGCGAGCUUAGCCGCGGCACGGGGUGGAGACUGUCUUAGACCGACUCGUCUAUCACAGAGAACAGAAAUGAGUUGGCGGCCUUGCCCUCAGCGUCCAACAUCUCUGCUGUGACCUCGACCUCGCACUCCAUCACAAGCUCAACCGAAUCUGUAAGCUCCACCCGCGUGACGACGCUCUCGCUCGCCAUGGGCAUCGCAAAGCACGAGUUGCCCGGCGCGUGGUAGAUAUCGAGCCAUUUCACGGCGUAUUCUUUCACGGCCUGCGGCGCUGAGCCAGCGAUACGUGCAAGGCGGUGGGGGGCGACGGGCGUGUUGAGAAUACGGCGUGAGUUGCACACGAAUGACUCUACAGGAGCAUGCACCAUGGAGCUUGGAGCUUAGAGGUGGUCGUCGUCGGCUAAGAAGGAGAUAGACGCGGGGUAGCCGAGCCGAAGCCUCGAUCGAAAACACGUGCGAAUACGCCUGUGAAGCUCAGUCCAUGUGGCUUGGCGGAACGCAGCAAACUCCGACUGGCAUUUACAGAAUGAUACAAACAGGUGUCCUGUAUAUCUUCCUUUUCGCACCCCUCCGGCUCUGGAAAAUCUCCUUCAGCGCCGCCUGGAAUGCUUCGGGAACAUUAUUUCCAUUCUCGGCGGACGUCUCGAUGUUUUCCCUAGCACCCACGGCGUGCAUGAGCUGCUCUGCUUCCUCCCUGGUCCAGAACGCAGCCCCUUCCUUGACAUCCAUACGCAAGUCACUCUUCGUGCCCACCAGCACCACGGCUGCCGAAGGCAUAUGAUGCCUGAUCUCAGGGAUCCACCUGUUCCGGACCCGCGCCAGCGCCUCUCUAUCGUCCACCGCGAAA